CAUUGACCGAAGAUUCACUCAAUUGAUACCCCUAUCUCCUACACAUAAUCCCUAUAGAAUUCAUAGACCUCACCAUCACCAUGGGCUCCUCCGUCGCCGUCACCCCCCAGCCUCAUAUCCCCAAAGCCGGCGUUUGGUGCCCCGCCGUGACCUUCUUCGAUCACAGCACCGACACCAUCGACCUUGAUGCCCAAAAGAAAUACUACCAGUACCUCUCCACCACCGGCCUCGCUGGCCUCGUCAUUCUCGGCACCAACUCCGAAGCCUUCCUCCUCACCCGCGAAGAACGCGCCCAACUCAUCGCCACGGCCCGUGCCGCCGUCGGCCCUGACUACCCCCUCAUGGCCGGCUGCGGUGCCCACUCCACCAAGCAAGUGCUGGAACUCGCCGAGGACGCCGCCGCCGCGGGCGCAAACUACAUCCUUGUCCUGCCCCCGGCAUACUUCGGCAAAGCCACAACCCCGGCCGUCGUGAAGCGCUUCUUCGCGGACGUCGCGCGCAAGAGUCCCCUGCCUGUCGUGGUGUACAACUUCCCGGGUGUCUGUAACGGCGUGGAUCUGGAUUCGGAGACCAUCACCACCAUUGUGCGCGAGUCGGCGGCGUCUAGCGCCAAUGGAGUCUCGAAUGUGGUGGGUGUCAAGCUGACGUGUGGGUCGGUGGGCAAGAUUACGAGGCUGGCGGCCACUUUUUCCAAGGAGGAGUUUGCAAUCUAUGGUGGCCAGUCGGAUUUCUUGAUCGGUGGCUUGGCUGCGGGCUCUGCUGGGUGCAUUGCUGCUUUUGCCAAUGUGUUCCCAAAGACGGCAUCGAAGAUCUAUGACCUUUAUGUCGCUGGUAAGAUCCAGGAGGCAGUGGAGUUGCAACGCCAGGCAGCGCUCGCGGAGAGUCCUUGCAAGAGUGGAAUUGCUGCCACCAAGUACGCGGCUGCGAUCUUCUCGGCUCGCGCGGCGGGCAUUGAGGGGGCUGAGGAGAAGCUGAAGCCCCGAACGCCGUAUGAGGAACCGGCGGAGGGUGCGAAGAAGGGGGUGCAAGACCUGAUGAGCGCCGUGGCCAAGGUCGAAGGAAGUAUAUAAAAUUUCUAAUUAGACUAUGAAGAUAUGAGAUAUGCGUGCGAAUCUAAAAUAGCUUGUCUUUCCUAAAAUAAUAAAGGACAGAACACCUGAUGGUUUUGGUUUCGCUGUCGACCCAUAGGCAGGUUCUACUCGCCUUUGCCUUCUCAAGUGCAUCUUAGUAUCGAUAGAGUCCGAACUGAGCUUCCAGAGUCCCGAAUAGCUUUCAGUCACAUGAAUGACU